UCAUACAAGUCGCGGCUUGCAAACUUUACGCGCACUGAACCCGCUUUGUGAUCUGAAGCAGGAAUGCGCGGAGACUCCGCUUUAAAAUCACAGAGAGACCUAGCGCGCUUGUUAGUCGAUUAUUAAAAGUUUUUUUUUUUUUUCGGGGGGAGUGAUGACACUGGAGCCGCCGGCAGGACUAUGAGCGAAAACGACAUCCUCGAGAUGGAGUCCGACCCAGAGGAUCUGGGGGAUAUAGAGCUGGACAUGAUUGAGGAAGAAGUCGUUUACCCUGAGGAGUUUUUACCAACUUAUCACACGAUUAAAGAAGGAGGAAAAGUAUCCAAAGCAAUAAAGGUAGAGUUUAAUGGCAAACCAGACUCCCUGUUCUUCAAUGAUGGUGUGAGGCGGAUUGACUUUGUCCUGGUGUACGAAGAUGAAGACAAGAAGGAGUAUGAGAAGAGGCAUGCAUUCCAGAGACGCAAGAGACGGCGAGAGCACUUUGAGGCCAGCCUGAUGAAGAUGGGCAUGGAGUUGGAGGCCACACCCUCUGUUUUAGAUGAAAAACUCAUAUUUGUGAAAGUUCACAUGCCAUGGGAUGUGCUGUGCACCUACGCCGAGGUCUUGCACAUCAAGCUUCCCAUCCAGCACAACGACAUAUCCUCCCGCCCCUCACCAUGGCGCUUUCUCUCCUACAUCACCAAGCAAUUCUAUCCCGAUGAGAACCUGAUCACUAAGGAGUCUGAGUUCUUCACUGCCCCCUUUGAGAAGGAUCGUCUGGAGUACUUCUGUGUUAAGGACAAGGAUCUCUUCUUCACUCCAUCCAUGAGGAGCAGGAUGGCAUAUUACAUCCUGAGCCGAGCCCCCUACGAAGUACGAGGAAACAUAAAGAAGUUUGGUAUCACCAAACUGUUGGAUGGUGGAGUUUACAAAGGUGCCUAUCCCCUCCAUGAUUGCCGGUUCAAUGUCAAGUCCGAAGAAAAAGACUGUCCCAAUGAGCGAUAUCUGCUCUUUGAGGAAUGGGCUCAUCCCAAAAGCUUCUACAAGAUUCAACCUCUUGACCUCAUAAGGGAGUACUAUGGGGAAAAGAUCGGCAUCUACUUUGCCUGGUUGGGUUUCUACACAAGAAUGCUCACUCUGGCUGCUGUUGUAGGGCUCGGCUGUUUCCUCUAUGGGUACUAUAUCCAAGACACCAGCACCUGGAGUAAAGAGGUGUGCGACCCGGACAUCGGAGGAAAAAUUGUAAUGUGUCCACAGUGUGACGGGUGCAAAUUCUGGACAUUAAACAGCACCUGCAACACUUCGAAAACACUUUGCAUGUUUGAUAACUUUGGAACUUUGGUGUUUGCAAUUUUCAUGGCUGUUUGGGUGACUUUGUUCCUGGAGUUCUGGAAACGCCACCAGGCAGAGUUGGAGUAUGAUUGGGACACUGUGGAGUUCCUGGAACAGGAAGAGCAGCCACGCCCAGAAUAUGAAGCCAAAUGUAUCUAUGAGAGGAAAAACCCUGUCACAGGGAUGAAAGAAAAGGUGCCAUAUACAUCCUGUGGACGAUGCAUCCGUGUGUCAAUAGGAAUAACAACAGUCUUAUUCUGGAUUAUGCUAAUCCUGGCAUCUGUUGUGGCCAUCACUGUGUACCGCCUGGCCGUCUUCUUUACCUUUUCUGUUGAACUGAAAACUAAAAACCUGACUGAUUUUGAGCCAAUAAGGGAGUAUGUGACACCUCAGAUGGCCACUUCUGUCACGGCAUCGCUCAUUAACUUUGUUUUAAUUAUGAUCCUCAAUGUGCUCUAUGAGCGGGUCGCCAUCUGGAUCACUGACUUUGAGCUUCCACGGACCAAGACGGACUAUGAGAACAGCUUGACUCUGAAGAUGUUCCUCUUUCAGUUUGUCAACUAUUACUCUUCUUGUUUCUACAUUGCCUUUGCAAAGGGGAAAGCAGUUGGUCAUCCUGGAAAGCCUGUUUAUCUUUCGGGAAAAUAUCGAAAUGAGGAGUGUGAUCCUGGCGGUUGUUUGAUUGAGCUGACGACUCAGCUGGCAAUCAUCAUGGGUGGAAAAGCCAUAUGGAACAACAUCCAAGAGGUCUUGAUACCGUGGGUGAAGAAUUUGAUUUCUCGACACUGCGCCCGCGCGACCUCACAGAAGGUGACUCCUCGCUGGGAGCAGGACUACCAGCUCCAAGCCAACUCAAAACUAGGACUGUUCUAUGAAUACCUUGAGAUGGUGAUCCAGUUCGGGUUUGUGACCUUGUUUGUGGCCUCCUUCCCUCUGGCUCCAGUCCUGGCGCUGGUCAACAAUCUAAUAGAGAUUCGGGUUGAUGCUUGGAAAAUCACCACUCAGUUUCGUCGCAUUGUGCCAGAGAAGGCCCAGGAUAUAGGUGCAUGGCAGCCCAUUCUUCAAGGCAUCACUAUUUUGGCUGUGGUAACAAAUGCCAUGAUCAUUGCUUUCACAUCGGAUAUGAUCCCACGGCUGGUCUACUACUGGUCUUUCUCCGUGUACCCCUAUGGAGAUAAUGUUGAAAACACCAUGAAGGGCUACAUCAACAGCUCACUGUCUGUAUUCAAUAUCAGCGAAUUACCCUCAAAGGACCAUACUGCACUUCCCAACAUAACCACCUGCAGAUAUCGAGACUAUCGGUUUCCUCCGGGGCACCCCAAACAGUAUGAACACAACAUGUACUACUGGCAUGUGAUUGCUGCCAAAAUGGCUUUUAUAAUUGUUGUAGAGCACGUUGUUUAUUUUACCAAAUUCAUCCUGUCCUACAUGAUCCCAGAUGUCCCGUAUGCCGUUAAAGAACAAAUCAAACGGGAAAAAUACCUGACCCAGGUGAUCCUCCAUGAGACCAACCUGAAGCUGGUGUCUAAACGUUUAAGACCAGCUGAAAAUGACACUGAAAACUGAGAGUCGGAAGUGGAUUUUGGACAGUAGAUGAAAGCAGACGGAAGAAGCGAUCAGACCUUUUUAGGUGUGACACAAAAAAGUCUCCUCAUACCAAGAUUACCAAGUUAUCAAAAUGUCAAAAUUAAGACUGUAACAAAGUAUGAACUUCCUGAAAUGAAGCAUCUUCCUGGAAGAGCCACAGGACAGAAAAAACACUGUCCAUCCCUAACCACUGGGUUCUUGCCCUGGACUGCUUUGAUGUGAUUGGCCUGUGCCACAGAGAAAAAGCACUUUAAGAAUACUGUUUUCCUGGUUAACUUAGGUGUUACUGUCCCUUCAAAUGUACAGAUGACAGUCGGGUGUAUAAACUUAGAGUGGAACACCAGAUAUCAAACAUCUGAAUUGUAAUCUGUGUUAACAUUUUUAAAAAAUGAUAUUAAAGACCCCCAAAACAAAGACUAACACCAAGAGAAAUUAAACAUUUAGCAAAUAGAUUACUUUUUAACCAAAAUAACAUGCUAGAUGUUUUAUUUCUUGACAUUCGCAACUAGAUUUGGAUUAUCAAAAGGAAAAAAGGCAGGAAAGGAUGUCAAAUCAGUGCCUUCAACUGUGAAGCUUGACUCUAGCUAAGUGUUUCAAAGCAUUUACAACUAGUUACUAUUUCUCCCUUCUUUCAGCUCUGUGAUAUUUUGCUCAGCUGUUACAGAGAUGGCCUUUCAAGCCAUGGCACUUGUUAAACUUCUGACGCUUGAAAAGACACAGUAACGAAUCUUAAGCAUCUAUCAGUUUUGUUACUCCUCAGCCUGGCACCAUUGUAGUAUCAUCGCACUCAGUCUGCUUGUCUGCACACAGGUGAUAAUUAUUAAUAUGGCUGAAUGCACAUUUAUGCAGCUUUUGAAUGCAGUGUCUAUCAAAGAACUCACAAUGUUACACAUCUAAAUGUGCACCAGAUUAUCCACUUUAAGCUUUUUAUGUGGUUUUUUUUUU